GGCUUUUGUCCGCGUGCACCUCGCCCAGAAUUAUAUUGCCCAACACCACCAACAACCCUUGCCGCCGCCGCCUAUCUGCCUGUAUAUAUCUAUCCACCCGCUGUCGAAUGCUCCCCACGUAUCCGAUCCCCUUUGAUCACUCGAUUCACCAAUACCGACACCAUCCGAGGCUGUUCCAUCAUGGGUAAUAGUCAAGGCAAAGAGUCGCGACCCGGCUCUUCAAGGGGUCCCGGACGCGGGAGUGCUCGUAACCCCGCCUCUCCAACAGCCGCCUCUCAUGAAGAAUCGUCUUCCUCGCGGCAUGGCCGAUCAGGAAGCGGUGUUUACAGUUCUCGCAGCGGACGUGGAAGCAGGCAUGAUCUUUCCUUUUUGGGCAUCGGGAGCGCAGCCAGCUCGGAGCGUGAUCCAGCCCUCGAACCCCGCCGCGAGACAAAAGUAGAGCGAGAAGCACGGAAACUGGAAAAGGAGAGGCAGCUCAGAGCUUUGGAGCGUGAGCGAAGUCUUCGUGAAGAGGGCGUUGACGGAGGCUUUCUUGUCACCCUCGGUACAUAUACCGGUCCCGAAGACUUCAGUAAGCCUGCUGUGCGCCAGUUGCAGAUCGAACGCCGCUUGGCACCUUUUUGGAAGGGACUCGACGAUCACGAAGAUACUUGGACGGAACAUCAGAUCGUCUCCGUUGUCGAAGGCAAACCGCUUCCUGCUCCUGAUGAGAUCCCUCCCGAGGAACCGCUUCGCCCCAACAAUUUGAGCGCCGAGUGGAACCCUCGAACCUCCAACACGAAUAUAGACAGCCUGACCGUGCCUAUCAGCGGUCGCUCCAUGUCCCAGACCUCGGACCGCUCCUCCAACUUAUCACCUUCACAUCCGGCUUUCUCGCUUCCCUCGCCAACCUCCCCAAUUUCAUCUCCACCAUCUUCGUCGCCAUUCUUCCGUGGCCGGGCCAAGACCCUGGCUGCCCUGACCACAGGUUCUCGAAAUGCUUCGCAGACGGAAAUGACCCCGCAGGAGCUACAGCUUCCCAGGGACCCGUAUGUGAAUGGCCAGCGCAUAGAGGUGUUUCUGUACAAGAAUGCUUCAGAGUGCCCUAUCUGCUUUCUUUACUAUCCACCAUAUCUGAACAAGACGCGCUGUUGCGACCAGGCCAUCUGCUCCGAAUGUUUUGUGCAAAUCAAGAGGCCUGAUCCCCACCCCCCAGAGCAUCAUGAAGGAGCAAACGACGCGUCAGAGACACCCGAACCACAGGAAGAUGGCAUGCUGGUUUCGGAACCUGCAUGCUGUCCGUUCUGUGUUCAGCCAGAAUUCGGUGUCACCUACGAGCCUCCGCCUUUCCGCAGAGGAUUAUCGUAUGCUAAUCACCAGACCCUAACCAGUGCCGCCUCCGCCAUGUCUUCGUCUUCGUCUGUGAAUACGCAGGGAGUCUCCCCACCUGGCCGAAGGCGUGCGGGUUCCCUUGCGGCUAACGACAGCUCUGUAAUAACCACAGACCGAGUACGACCAGAUUGGGCGAAGAAAUUGGCUGACGCAAGGGCAAAUGCCCUCAGACGAGCCGCCGCUGCUACAGCCUUGCAUAACGCUGCCUACAUGAUGGGAAAUACACAGUCGGAGAGUCGAAGCUUUGGCGGGCUCGGACGUCGCAGGCGUACUAUUUUUGCGACCGAGAGCACCAGCAGUAGUGGACAGGCAACGCCCAGACGAGAAGGCGAUUUGAACAAUCUGCUAGCUGCAGCUGCCUCGCAGGGAUCGUCUAGUCGCAACGAAGGGCAGAAUGAUAUUGCUGGAGGCCGACAAAGUUCGAGGAGAGGAAAUAGGCUUGAAGAUCUCGAGGAAUUAAUGAUGAUGGAAGCGAUCAGGCUCAGCCUUGCAGCUGAAGAAGAGCGCAAGAAGAAGGAAGAGAAGGAAGCUCUCAAGGAGGCCAAGAAGGAAGAGAAGAAGAAAGCAAAAGACGCGAAGAAAGCCGACAAGGCGGCGAGGAAAAGCGGAUUCUUCCUCCCAACCAGUCAUGACGGGGCUGGUGAUGAAUCAUUGGGCAGUUCGUCGAGUGCAGCAGGAAAGGGAAAGGCCAUCGAUCGUUCUGGAGGGUAUGCUGGAUUCAACCCCUUGAGCGAGCCCACAUCGACUGUCAAUGCGUCCAGCUCAAGGGACGACUCACAAAAACAUCUUUCGGACAGCCGCGCGCAAAUCCAGCGGGAAGUCUCCAACACAGGUAACACUGGUCCAAUAGACCCCCUGGCUGAGCAACCAGAUCAUCGCGCUGUUCUCCGCAACCUCUCAAAUGCUUCAUCCUCGAUGUCAUCGUUGGACGACUCUCUCUCAGGAUCUAUGCAGCACGACAGCCAAGUAUCGCUAGAUCGUAAUCUGGAUGCUUCGGGACUUGAUCUGGGCGCUGACUCGGCUCCGGCACACAGCACGUCCGGCACGGAAUCCAUGUUCAAUUUCAACAGCCUGACAGAGGCAAUCUCUCGUGACAAGAGUAAUAACGAGGGUCCACAGCACAUAGAACAUUUUUCUCCAGAGCCAACUACUCAAUCAGGUGCUGGACAGGAUGUCUCUACUGCCCCUAAUAGAGUGAACGGAGACAAACCUCUCUCAACUCCAGGCGUCCAUAUCACCUCCUCAACGGCACCACAAUUGCCAGAGUUAGAGCCCACCUCGCCUUUAGAAGAGAGCGUUGCGACUCUCAAGCCAUCCAUCUCAUCCACGGAUGACGAUACAAUCGCUUCUGCACCGCGUGUUGAGCCCGUCUCACACUCACCCGACCACCUCGGUCAAAAACAUAUCGAAGAUGUAAGCAUGGUCAAUGCCGUUAACAAUUCCCAGGCCACCCAAUAA